AUGCAGAUCUACUGGCAUUUGCCCAAAGAAAGACCUCUAGCUCAUACAUUAAGGAGAAAGGGAACUCUACUUGUUAUUGCCAAUUUGCUGUUUUCCCCCCUUCUUACCCACAAUUCCCCUAUCCUUCUAUAGAUUGAAAGGAUCCAAAAUCCUUACUACUGGCAGGCAUACCAAAUCAAAAAGCAGGAAAUGGAUGCCAAAAAUGGCCAUACAAAUAAUGAACGGCAACUUUUUCAUGGAACAGCUAGUACAUCAUUAACCCUCAUAAAUAACUCUGGGUUUAAUCGGAGUUAUGCUGGAAUGCAUGCUGCAGUGUAUGGAAAUGGAACCUAUUUUGCUGUUGAUGCCAGCUAUUCUGCCCAUGAUACCUAUUCAAAACCUGAUGCAAAUGGGAGAAAAUACAUGUACUUUGCUAGAGUACUUAUUGGAGACUAUUGUGUUGGAGUUCAAGGAUUACUUGUUCCACAGGCAAGGAGCACAACAGAUCCCACAGAUCUCUUUGAUAGUGUCACAGAUAAUAUGAAGAAGCCAACCUUGUUCGUCAUCUUCAAUGAUAUCCAAGCUUAUCCAGAGUAUCUCAUUACUUUUAAAAAAUAAACAUGUAUUUUCCCUUAAUAAUCUUUCACUGUUACAUAUUCAGUAAUUAUAUCAGGCACAUAUAUAUUGCUAAAUAAAUCAAAUUCCAUUUGGAUCAUUCUCCUUUUACUGAAAUUCCCUUUAUUUAUCAGAAAGGAGAUCACUGUAAUGGGAGAUUUGAUGAAAAUGAGUCCAGUAGAUAUAAGUGUCCUUUAUGAGCAAUGUUCGAGAAGAGGUAGAAGUCAAGGGCCUUCCUUAAAUAGCAACUAUAACAACAAUGAAAGUGAAGUAUAUAUGGAGAAAACAAGGAUGAGCAGAUAUUGGGGGGAAGAGCCAGUGUUGUAAAUUGAUUUGCAGCAUCAGACUGAGAUUUGGGAGAUCCAGGUUAAAGUCCCUGCUCUCCAUGAAACUGGAUGGGAUGGUGAUACAUUCUCACUUGUGUUUCUCAGACAAGUUUGUUUUAGAGCUAAAGCAGAGCAUAGAAAAGCUGUGUGUGUGUGUGUGUGUGUGUGUGUGUGUGUGUGUGUGUGUAGCUUGAGGUCUUUGGAAGGGAUAUGAUACGUAAGUAUUUUAAACAGCUGUAUGUUGACCAUAAGCCAAGCUGGGAAGAAAAACUAUUAAUGAUUUAAAAACCAUCUCAGCCCAGCAUGCAGUAAAAGCAGUAGAAAUGUAAGCUGGGUUUGUUAGGCCUACUUCAAGGCCCUCAACACAGUCCCCUCUAUGCCUGUGUCCAAUUUCAUUGAUGGGGGUUUCACAGCAAAUUGCUUAGGCAACUCUGCCAUCCACAAAUCCCAGUUGGUUGCCUCCACUGAGAGGAUGUUGCUGGUAUGUUCUUGUUUUGACUCCCCUUUUCCAUCUUGGUUGAAGCUAUCUAAUUGGCAAUCCACAGCAAGGAUGCUCUGCUAUAAGAAUCUGCCUGUCCAUUGAACCAAAGCCAUGCUUUUAUUUCUUGAAUGCCUUGUGCUGUCUUGUUCCUGGAACUCUUGCCACAGUUCUCUGGAAUAGGCUUAAUACUGAUAAGAGUAGUUAUGUGCUAAACACACCGAGAAACGAAUGCCUUUUAAUUUUCGCAGAGUAUUAACAAAGAGGGGAGACAAAUGAGGCAAAUGCAUUGUCCCUUUCUCUUCCUACUUAUACAACUUUAUUAAGCCAACCAAUUGUAGAGAAUACAAGAUUCCUAAAAGUACAAAAGCUUCAUUUGUUUGUUGUUCAGAAUCUGUGAUUAUUUUGUUUUUCAAAGCACCCGACAGCUAUUGUGCCUUAAAUAAAAUUAUCUUGUUCUCC